UCAGCGGAGUGCGGAAGCAGCCCACGCAGAUCUGUCCCAUCCAUCCUCCCGGCGGCGAGCGAGCUAGCGGGCGGGAUCCGAGAUGGCGGGGAGAGGGUGGAGGAGGAGCGCGGCGGCGUCGCGGCCCGCGUCCGUGUGCCUCUGGAUCGUGCUCGUCGCCGCCACCCUGGCGCUCGCCCAGGCGAAGAAAUCAAAGGCGGAUUUGACUGAGGUCACCCACAAGGUCUACUUCGACAUCGAGAUUGAUGGCAAGCCCGCAGGUCGGGUUGUCAUGGGACUUUUUGGGAAAACUGUUCCAAAAACUGCAGAGAACUUCCGAGCCCUUUGCACAGGAGAGAAAGGAACUGGAAAGAGUGGCAAACCACUCCACUUCAAGGGAAGCGCAUUCCACAGAAUUAUCCCCAGCUUUAUGAUCCAAGGAGGUGACUUCACACUUGGUGAUGGACGGGGCGGUGAAUCUAUCUAUGGGACGAAGUUUGCCGAUGAGAACUUCAAGAUCAAGCACACUGGACCAGGCCUUCUGUCCAUGGCCAAUGCCGGAAGAGAUACAAAUGGGUCCCAGUUUUUCAUCACCACUGUAACUACCAGCUGGUUGGACGGGAAGCACGUGGUGUUCGGCAAGGUGCUAUCUGGAAUGGAUGUGGUUUACAAGAUUGAAGCUGAGGGCCAGCAGACUGGAUCACCAAAGAGCAAAGUUGUCAUCGCAGACAGCGGCGAACUGCCUCUGUAAUGAGCUGAAAUGAUAUUUCACUGAAGCUGCUGUUACUGCUCCCGUUGUAGAACUGUUACUCGCUGGCGUGUUUUGCUUUGCUUCUACCCCGAAUUUGGUUGGAGCAAGUUUCAGUUGACUGUAACGACUCGCAUAUAUCGCCUCUUAGUUGGCAAUUUGGAGUGAACUAGCAUAAAAUGGACUAAUUACAAUACUUUUCUCUAUCGUCUUGUUCUAA